AUGCCACAAUCUUUUACUUCUAUUACAAAAAUUGGUGAUUACAUUUUAAAGACCCCCAUCUUAAACAAAUUUUGUGUCCCCGUAGCAAAUAAAUUUAUUAAAUAUUCAGGUUAUAGACAAUUAGGAUUAAGAUAUAAUGAUCUUUUCGCUGAAGAAUCUCCAGUAGUACAAACUGCUAUACGAAGAUUACCUGCUGAUGAAUCAUACGCAAGAAAUUAUAGAAUUAUUAGAGCUCAUCAAACUGAAUUGACUCAUCAUCUUUUACCAAGAAAUGAAUGGAUUAAAGCUCAAGAUGAUGUCCCUUAUUUAUUACCUUAUAUAUUGGAAGCUGAAUUAGAAGCAAAUGAAAAAUUAAAAUUAGAUAAUUUAGAAGUGGUAUCACCAACGAAAAAAUAA